UCGCCCACUUUUGCGCGCGAUCCUACAGUGUUCAGGAGAGCGUGUAUAAUUUAUGUGCCUUUUCCACUACCGCCUAACUGUGUGUUUGUUCCUGAGAGUGUGUGAGCGACACACAAAAUCAUCACAGGGGAAAUGUCGAGAGUUUACAUUGGAAGAUUGAGCUAUCGAGCAAGGGAAAAGGACGUCGAGAAGUUCUUCAAGGGCUAUGGGAAGAUACUUGAAGUUGACCUGAAAAACGGGUAUGGGUUUGUUGAAUUUGAUGACCCCCGCGAUGCAGAUGAUGCUGUGUAUGACCUGAAUGGGAAAGACCUGUGUGGGGAGAGGGUUAUUGUGGAGCACACAAAGGGGCCGCGGCGGGACGGCAGCUACGGCUCAGGAGGAGGAGGAGGAGGCGGCGGAGGAGGAGGCGGCGGCGGAGGAGGUGGUGGUGGUGGUGGAGGUGGAAGAAGCGGGGGCGGGUAUGGGCGUGGCGGCAGAGACCGAUAUGGCCCACCAGCAAGGACAGACUAUCGGCUGAUUGUUGAGAACCUGUCCAGCCGCUGCAGCUGGCAGGACCUGAAGGACUACAUGAGGCAGGCGGGUGAGGUGACGUAUGCUGACACCAAUAAGGGGCGCCGGAACGAAGGGGUGAUAGAGUUCAGGCUGUACUCUGACAUGAAGAGAGCCCUGGAGAAGCUGGACGGCACCGAGGUGAACGGCAGGAAGAUCCGGCUGAUUGAGGACCGCCCGGGGGCCAAGCGCAGCAAGCGCUCCUACUCUCGCAGUCGCAGCCGCUCCAGGUCCCGUUCCAGGAGCCGUGGGUCCCGUAAGAGCCGCAGCGACAGCAGCAGUCGUAGCCGCUCCAGGGGUGCUGCCUCACGCUCACGUAGUCGCUCCCACAGCAAGAAGGACAAGACCAAGGGCCGCAGAGAGGAGGAGCGCACCAACGGUGCCCACAAGGCCAAGGAGGGGCGCGGGGGCCGAGACGAGGGGCGCAGCAGGAGCCGCAGCAGGAGCCGCAGCAAGAACAAAAAAAGCAUCAAGAAAGAAGGGAAGAGGGACAGGAAGGAUGAGUCCAGGUCCCGCUCUCGCUCCAGAUCGGCAGCCAAGGAUCGCUCCAGGAAGUCUGGCUCCAAGAGCCGCGAGCCGGCCAAGAGCGACGACGAGGGAGCUGCAGCCGAGAAGGCGGCCCCCCGUACCCGCUCUCGCUCCCAUACUCCCACUGAAUCUAAACCUAAGUCAAAGUCUAAGUCCAAGUCCAAGUCCAAAUCUCCAUCUCCCUCCCCGGCCAAAGCCCGCUCCCGUUCCCCCUCCGUCUCCCGCUCAGAGUCCCGCUCCAAAUCUCGCUCCGCGUCUCGUUCUCGCUCCCGUUCUCGAUCACAGUCCUGAGCUGGGGAUACCAACAUCACCCAUAGUGUUUCCCCUCCCCGUUUCUUCUCGUCCACUGUCUCCACCCCUGCGUCUGUCCCUUUAUUUUUAUUUUAUUUUUUUGAGUAAUAGUUUUAUGAAAACUCCAGGCACUCAUGCUCGAGGUGUCUUUCACACACUCUCCCCCAUUUCUUUUAAAUAUACAGUGCUUGUCGGUCAUUCUGCAUAUUUUUCCAGUAGCGUUGUCUCUCUUAAUUGAGGUGUUUGUAAAAUAUGAAAAUGUAAGUUCGAGGGUAUUUGCUUGGAUAGAUUUUUGUAAGUAGAAAUGAAGUUUUAAAAGUGCUGUAGUAAGUGUGUUAACCUUUAUGACGUACUUAAGCAUACCGUGCUGUCAAUGUUGUUGCAGGGUGGGGUUGUUUUAUUCUGUUGCAUCUUUUCACUUUGUGGAAAAUCCUUUUACCGGUUUUAAAAAAUAAAAAUAAAAUCCUGAUCUCGAAA